GUCUUCCUCAUUACUCUUUACUCUUUACUCUCACUAAGUACUGUCUAGUGAAGAAGAGGGAAAUUGAAAAUGUCUAUCCCUUCUGUUUCUCUCUGUUUCUUCCUCUUCUGUCUCCUCUUCCUGUCCCCAGCUCUCAUUUCCUCCUCCCCUGUUCAAGACCCGGAAUCCGUUGUACAAGAAGUACACAGGAAACUCAAUGCGUCCAGGAGGAACUUGGGUUAUUUGUCUUGUGGAACUGGAAAUCCUAUUGACGAUUGCUGGAGGUGCGACCCCAACUGGGAGAAGAACCGGCAGAGACUAGCUGAUUGCGCAAUUGGUUUCGGCAAGAAUGCCGUUGGUGGCAGAGACGGUAAAAUUUAUGUAGUCACUGAUCCUAGCGACCAAGACCCAGUCAACCCGAAGCCAGGGACCCUGAGGCAUGCUGUUAUUCAAGAUGAACCGUUGUGGAUCAUUUUUGCUCGCGAUAUGACCAUUCAAUUGAAGGAAGAACUGAUUAUGAACUCUUUCAAGACAAUUGACGGUCGAGGUGCCAGUGUUCAUAUAGCCGGUGGUCCAUGCAUUACUAUACAGUUCGUUACUAAUAUUAUAAUUCAUGGUUUACAUAUUCAUGACUGUAAACAAGGAGGAAAUGCCAUGGUGAGGGACUCCCCAAAGCACUACGGAUGGAGAACAGUGUCAGACGGUGAUGGAGUGUCCAUAUUCGGUGGAACCCACAUCUGGGUUGAUCAUUGUUCUCUAUCAAAUUGUCAAGAUGGACUCGUUGAUGCCAUUCACGGGUCAAGUGCCAUCACCAUUUCGAACAAUUACAUGACCCACCAUGAUAAGGUCAUGUUGCUGGGCCACAGUGAUUCCUACACUCAAGACAAGAACAUGCAAGUCACUAUAGCCUUUAACCACUUUGGAGAAGGCCUUGUCCAAAGAAUGCCAAGAUGUAGACAUGGAUAUUUCCAUGUGGUAAACAAUGACUAUACUCAUUGGGAAAUGUAUGCCAUUGGAGGAAGUGCUGGACCAACCAUUAAUAGUCAAGGAAACAGAUUUGUUGCACCUGAUGACAGAUUCAGUAAAGAAGUUACAAAGUAUGAAGAUGCACCACAAAGUGAAUGGAAGAAUUGGAACUGGAGAUCCGAGGGUGACCUGAUGGUAAAUGGUGCCUUUUUUACGCCAUCAGGUGCAGGCGCCUCGUCCAGCUACGCUAGAGCUUCGAGCUUAGGCGCAAAGCCAUCUUCGCUUGUCGGUUCCAUAACUGGCGCUUCUGGUGCGCUUAAUUGCAGGAGGGGAUCACGUUGCUAGAUGAUUCUGGCCGCGCGCCACAUUUGAACAACAUUAAUUUCUUGGAGUGAUUUGAUGUGGUUGUUGGACUAUAUUAAUUAGGUACUUAGAAAAGGAGUAGAAGACAAACGAGGAAAUUGAAGAAAAAGCAUAUCCAAUAGUAUUUACUUGGCUUUUUCUUCCCUCUAUUUUUUUUUUCUGUUUACUUUUGUUUUCUACCCUUUGUCUUUUUUUGAUUUUUUCCUUU